UGUGAUGGAGCUUCAGUUCUGCACUCCACACUUGUCCAUUAUCCGUCCGCAGGCAGACUGUCCCAGCAGAGCACUUCUCCUGACCACGAGGAAAAGUCUGCGAAUGAUGGACCUCCUCUGAACAUCAGAGGUGUCCUGCUGCAUGUGUUGAAUGACGCUCUGGGCUCAGUGGUGGUGGUCGUGGCUUCAGCGUUGUUCUACGUGUGGCCUUUGACCCCUGAGAGUCCGUGUAACUGGCAGUGUUACGUGGAUCCCAGUCUGACGCUCAUCAUGGUGGCCAUUAUCAUGUCUUCAGCCGUUCCGCUGGUGAAAGAAACUGCAGGAAUCCUGCUGCAAAUGAGUCCUGUCGACCUGCCAUUCAGCACCAUCUUGGAGAACGUGUGCAAACUGGCCGGUGUCACGAGUGUUCAUGAGGCUCAUGUGUGGGAGUUGGCUAAAGGCCGGAAUGUUGCGUCCCUGCAUGUCAAAGUCUCCCCUGACCUUCACGAUCCGUGUUGGGAAACAUCAGGCCUUCACAGACAGAUACUGGAGGUGUUUCACUGCGCCGGCGUUCACAGCGUGACGCUUCAGUUUGAGUGCAGUGAAGGAGAGCAGGACUCGGGUCACUGUAACACCCCCUGUCUGUCACCGGCGUGUAGGAAGCUGUCGUGCUGUCCCGGUGGAGCAACGUCUGUGUCUGUUUGUCACGGAAACCCCUCCUCGCCCUCUGGAGAUGUUACUGUUGACAUGCUCGAUGGCAGCAACACACUGCUGAGAGAGAAAGAGAGCAAACACGCAUCAGACAAACACACUGAGAGCACCAAAUUUUAAAUCUGAAGGGCUGUUUCUUCUGAAUCACGUCACAUCUACUUUUGCACUAAAUUAUUCUGAGAAACAGCCCGUUAUAUUCCAGAGAUAGUUGUUCAAUGCUGUAUUUAAUCACUUUGGUACUUACCGUCUGAUGCACUUUGGACUGAAAUCUCAAGGCCGACUGCACGUCUGCACCUCGCCGACCUCAAACCCUGUCAGAUCCAAGGCCUUAAAUCUAGUCACUUUAGUCAAUUCCUCUAUGUUGUGUUAUCUGGUGCUUCACAAAGACAGCUGAUGUGGAGAUAAUAUCAGCUGUUUAAUACACUGACUGAGAGACACUCAAAUUCAGAUAUUUUAGUUUUGGCCGAUCAUGCUCAAAUGCUGCUCUACAUUAAUUUAUCAGCAGCUUAUUUAUUAUUUUCCAAAAAUUCUGAGGGUUGAAUUCCACAAAAUCUGUCAAGAAUAAAUUCUCUUUACUGUAAUUGAAAAAAAAAAAAAAAAAUAUUUAAAAUGUAUUUUAUACAUAAUGAUAUUGUUUGUUGUAAUACAUUUAAUUUAUGCAUAAUUAAUUUUUAUUUUUAAAUAUUGAGAAUUAGAAAAACAUCCAGGCACAUUACAUA